AUGCCGCCCCAGCGGCCCUACUCGCCCUACCCGCCCACGGCAAACUCACCCAUUCAGACGUCCAUGCAGACGUCGCCUGGUGGAAUGCCGCUGCCACCCAACAAGCGCCAGAGGCUCUCCCCUAACCCCGGUAUCCCCGGCUCGCCGUAUCCGCAUACCAUCACUUCUCCGUAUUCGCCCUACGCCUCGCUCCCCGGUACGCCUGUGCAGGCGCACGCCCCGCUCGGCUUCAACCAACCGCAGUCGCCCAUGGACCAGGGCUACAACAUGCCGCCACAAGCUCCUCCUCCGCAAGGCCUGAUGGGGCCGCCGCAGCGCCCCGCUGAGAAGGAAAAGAAGCAGGAAGAACGGCCGGACAAAGCGACGGAUAUCAACGAUCUUAGUGAUGUCAUUGGUGCAUCGGGCAUUGACCUGAGGGAAGAAGAAAACUACUUGGCGCAAACCUAUCAGAACCAGCACCAGAAUGCUUCCUUUUCGUCGUCUUUUGCGCAGUCGCCGGCAACCCUCUCUCCGAACAACAGCUUCAACGCUCUUUCUCAGGGCAGUUUUGGCAGCUACGGCGCGUUCCAAGGCUCGGGACCGGUGAGCCAGCCUACUGUCCCGCAGAAGACGGUCGAAGAUGAAUUGUAUGAGAAACACAAGGCCGCUGCGCGUGCGCUGAGCGAGCGGUCGCAACGAGAGCUCAACGAUCCGUUCUUGAGAGGAAACUGCGUGCGACAGAAACUUGGCGGGCGCGCAUAUGAGCAUGGCGUCCAGAUCAACGUGGAGGGACUCUUUGAUAAGCUUCCGGAUGCCCCCCGCGGAGUCAAUGCCACGCAGGCCAAAGGUCCGGAUGGUUCAGGAAUGGUCAAGGCGCAGGCACAAGCGCUAUUGGAUCAUUCUGCGCCGUUCGCUGAAAUCCUCUCACUUCUCUCACUUGCUACUAAGGAGAGAUUACGCGGCGUCAUGGAAGACUCUUAUGCGCUUUCCAGAGCUAGGCAACUAGGCACUCACGGUACCGUCCCCCCGGACUUCUCGAACAUCGCCGUGGGCCACGAUGCUUCUCAGCCCCAGUCCACUACCCAAGUUCCGUCUUCUGUCACCAAGUCUUCAUGGGACCAACCCGAUAGCGCAAUCAGCCCCACUACCGUGCCUGUCAAGCGUUCUCUUGACUCUGAUGCUCCGAAAACUGACCCUCGCCUCCCUACGCCUCCAACCGAAACCCCGCCAUCGCCCCAACCUACGAUUGCCUUCAGUUCAACGCUUGUGCCGACUCUGAAGAAAAUUCAACAGCAAGAGCGAAAAUGGGAGCAAGAACGCGUUGCGAAGCGCCAGAAACGUCAAAAGAGCAUCUCGUCUGACACGCCCAUUGACGGCAAGAUUUCCCCCGCGGACCUCAUCGCGCCGACGAAAAUGACGAAAAAGGAGCGCGAGCGCAUCGCCAAGGCCGGCCAGACGGACGAAGUCUUGCACAAAAACGCCAACGCAACAGCAAACAUGGCCGUCGGCGGCUUCGGCAAGAAGUACAGCUGGCUCUCGGGUGGUUCAUCUGGCGCUUCAACACCGAGGAUCAACACGGCAGUGGGCGGGAACACGGGCGGCGGCGCGGUCGCCGCGGCGACGAACGCUUCGAGUGCACAGGAUAGGGGCCUUAUCAGCAGAGACAGGAAGUGGGGCGAGUGGCGCGAGGAUGGGGUUAAGGGACAGGGGAUCCAGAUUCGUGAUCUGGUUGCGGCGCUGGAGGCAGAUGACCGGGAGAGGAAGACGCUGGCGCGGGCGCUGGUGCGGCUGAAGAGUGAUUCCUGA